AUGAGCAGUUCUGCUUCAGAGUGGGCACUGGUUGCUCAACGUCUCCUUGAACGACCGGCUCCUCACCAGGAUCCUGACAACAUGCGCAUUGGGGUUCACUUGGACAGCACACUUGCUGCACGAGACACGGCGCGCACGUUCUUCAACUUGAUGUUCACUUGUCGCGGGCUCUAUCACGACCUGCCGUGGGCCAUGCCCAAGUGGUGCCUGCCGGACGCCUUCGAGUACGCCCUUCCAGUCGCAUACAAUUGGCUCGACACAUUCCAGCAAGACGUGUACCCGCUGUCUCGCCCAACUGAACCGACCCAAGCCAGAGACGACAGUGCUUUCGACAUGACAGCGUGGCUGGAGGAGCGCUGCCUGGCCUAUUCUUGGAUCGGCGUGACAUGGCGCAGCAGUUUGCCCUUUCUUCGUUCUCGACUGGCAGGUCCCCUGUCACAGACCCACGCUUUCUGGGACAAGUUUGCUCGCUGUGGCCGUGUCAAUUUCAUCAGCCUUUCGGAGUUGGAAGCAUGGGCUGCCGCCAUAUCAACAGCAGCCACGGACAGUGCCUCGACAACAUCGCUUCUCACCAGCACACCGACACCAUGCACCCAGAACGCUUCUGUCGAAGGUGUCAUGCAUCAACGUGAACUGCAACAGCCCUCAUCCACGCAGGACCAGGACCAGGACCAGGACCAGGACCAGGACCAGGACCAGGACCAGGACCAGGACCAGGACCAGCAACAGCACCAGGACCAGGACCAGGACCAGGACCAGGACCAGGACCAGGACCAGCAACAGCACCAGGACCAGCACCACCACCACCAGCACCACCACCACCAGGACCAGCACCAGGACCAGCACCAGCACCGGCAGCAGCAAGGACAACAGCAACAGCCUCCGCGACGACUGGCACUGUUCCAAUUGACCGCAGCCAUUCACAGCCAAGCAGAGGCAGACCGACUCCAAGCCCUGCAGUCAACCGUCCUGCACGGGUCUCACGGAGCAUGGGUCACCUUGCAGUGUCACACGCAUCUCCGUUCCCUGAGUUUGAGCAACAUCAGCAAGCUGAACAUUAGGGAUUCCCCGAUUGAUCACGUGACGCUGCAUGACAUCGAGCAGCUGUACUGGGACAAGACCCAGGAACAAAGUACCAUCAGGGGUGAAUUGCGCAACGUGCAGAGGAUGGAGCUCAAAUGUCGUCGAAGGAUUGCACCAACACACUCAUGGAUGCACAUUCCCAACAUCCAGGUGUGCUUCAACGGGGAGGACGUCGAUGCUGCAUCGCUGGCAACUCGAACACAACUCGCCCUUUAUCAGGCUGACUGGGAUGACACCUCACCAGUGAGAGUUGACGCCGAUGAUCUUGAUGCUGCCAAGAAAGCAGAGCAUGAUCGCGUGAUCUCCCUGGCGAGCGAGGUUUCGCUGAACCAAUUGCCCCUGGAAGUCGACAUGCUACGAGCAACAGUGGCCCGGCUUCGAGAAGUCGAAGCGUCAGGGCGGGUUCAGCUGCCGAACGCAAUCGAGGUUUACGUGAGUUUUCUUGGGAGUGUGGAUCCGAUUGAUGUUGUUGUGCCCGGGACGGCUGAAGUCUCUCACGUCGCGCACUUCAACGUCGAUCUUGAUUUAUAUCUUCAUUUGGAGGCAUUGACGUCUCUGGAGACACGUGUCGACAGGCUGGAGCUUGCCCACCCCUCAUUUCCUGAACGCUUGGGUGCCCUUAGCUAUCUCGACUAUCUCUCAGAUGAUAUGUGCGUGUGCAUCGAAGUGCUGGGGUCUCAAGUGGACAUGCGCGUUCCUGCAUGUGUGAACGAGCUGAUCGUCGAUUCAUGUGCACAUAGGCUGCGGACUGGUUUUGUGGUCAAUGUGCCACGCGUGCGGAUCGGACGUGAGUUUGGCUCCGAAAUGAGUGUGUUGCGCGACGUCCAUCUCCUUGCUGGUCGGCAGCGCCUGGAACUCCGGGGCUGCACGCUGGACGGCGAGGUCUUACGCUGCAAUGAAGUGGACGUGCGCCGCUGCUUGGGGCGCUUGGCGGUGAGCUCGAGCGAGCGCGUGGAUGCCGCCAACGCUAUGGUGGGUGAGCCGACCGACAGCAACGGCAGCUCCAGCGAGCCGGGUUGUAUCGUGCUGAAGCGCUUGCAAGACGUGACACACUGCAAGCUGGUCCACACAGUCAUCAACGACUUCAGCUGUCUCCAACACAUUCGGCGCCUUGUGCUCAGCAAGUGCAAGUUCGACGACGUGACACACCUGCCACCCGUCGCCUGCCUUGUGGUGCGCGACUGCUUCACUCGCGCUGGCGGUGCAUGGCCCAACGUUACUUUCAUCAACCGGCCGCUGGAAGCAAUGACAGCCUGCCUCCUCGCAGGGAAGCGUAUUCGUUGA